AUGGCAUGCUUCGCUAGAGACUCACCUCCCCCGAUGGCAUCUUCCUCCGCUUCGGUAUCCUUCUCUACUGAAUGCUUUUUUCUCACUGCCUGGGCCACUCAUACUGGACUUUUGGCGAGUUUGCGCAAGCUUCAGCGUCGCCAGCGGGCCAUUGACGAGUUGCAAAGGAACGUAGACCAACUGGAGGCCAGUAGGGUACAGUGGGCCUCGCCCAACUCUCCUCCAGGUAAAACCGAUUAA